CAACAAAAUUGUGCGUUAUUUCGGAGCGUCGUUGCACAAAAUUAAUUUAUUUUAUUUUCACAAAUUUUCACUUAAAAUGCUUCAAAAUAGACUAUUUCUUCGACAUUUUAUUGCAAAUUUUGCCACAUCAUCAGCAUUCGAGCCACGAGAAUUUGAGAACAACGAGAAAACCGCCAUCACUGCAGUGAAUGCGCUCACCAAUGCUCGAUCAAUUGUGCAAAUCACAUCAAAGGAGAAAGUUGGGAAACGAUUUCGACGUGAAUUCAAUUUGCCACAAAAAGCCAUUGAUGGGCUCAGAAAUGCAAUUAUUACUUGUGAAAGACCGGCAAAACAACUACAAAAUGAAGCAGAUCAGCUGGCAAAGAAACUCGAACAACGAAGGUUUCCAGAAUCUCCGGAAAAACUGAAAAAGCUCAGAGAUGAAGUGAAAAGGAAGUUGAAAUCGGGAAAAAAGGAUGAAAUAUCAGAUUUCGAUAAGGAAUCGUUCGGUGGAAAAGUGCAAGAAGCUCAACAAUACGAAAUACGGAAUGAAGUGGAUCGGAUAAUGAAAAAAGAAAAUUUCAAUUGGAAACCUCUAGAAAUCACGACAAAAGAAUCUGCUGCUGCCUAUUCUCUGGCAAGAUUAGCCCCAAACUAUGCAGAAAUCACCAGAACACUUGAAGAAUUCAAUACUAUCCCCGAUUUUCAACCAGAAACUGUUCUGGAUUUCGGAAGUGGAGCUGGCGCUGGAUUCUGGGCGAUUCAGAACAAAUGGCCAGAUGUGAAGGAAAUCACAAUGGUGGAUUUAUCGGAUGCUAUGAUGAAAUUUUCGAUGGAUUCUUUGAGGAACGAACAGUCCAGUGAAGCUUCUCAAAACGGGCGGCCUUUUGUGCACAACAAUGUCAAUUUCAGGCGACAUUUGAUUCCUUCAUUAAAUACCACCUACGAUGUUGUGCUAGCUCACCGCGUGCUCUGUGAAAUUGGCUCUUCAGAAACUCGUCUCCAGUUGAUCGAAUCACUAUGGAAACGAACAAAUCGCUUCUUAAUCCUGAUCGAAUCCAGUCAAACCGGAGCUUUCGGUGGUCUUCUCGAGGCUCGUGAUUUUCUAUUGACACAGGGAACUCUGGUGGAUUAUCGGAAAUUGCUGAAAUCACUAGAAGAAGCUGUGAUGCUAUCACCGAAAGUUGUUCGCAUCGUUGAGGAUUACAAUUUGAGUGAUUAUGAGAAAUAUGCACUUUUGAUGGAAGCAGUGCCACCUGGACAUACAGUACCAACUAUGCUUCCGACAGCUACAGUAUUGGCUCCAUGUCCUCAUGAUUUGGGUUGUCCUCUAGGAGUACACAGUUCUUGUACAUUUAAUACAAGAUUUCAGCCUAUUAGAGCCGAUGGACGCAGAUCAGAAAAAGAGUCCGACGGCACAGAAGUCUCCAAAUUCACAUAUAUGAUUCUGGAAAAGAGCCAACGAAAGGUCAAUAACGAGCACACUGAGCGAAUUCUGAAAAAUCGGAAGCUGGGGGGUCACGUGACGUGUGACGUGUGUACCGCAUUUCGAGGAAUCCAACGGAUCACGUUGUCGAAGAAACACGGAGAAAUGUAUACGGCGCUACGAAGUCGACGAGAUGGUGAUCUUCUUCCUAUCAAUUUGAAGACUAUGACGUCAUCUGGAAUAUUUGAAGUGGAUAAUUAAUCUUUUUUGUUAUACUAGUUGUUGUUUAAAAAUUAGGAUUUUGUAUAGAAAUUGUUGGUUUUUUUUCCUUAUUGUCUCCCGUUGACGCAGCAUUUUUGUGAAGUGAAUCAUUGGAAUUUGCCU